CAGUGAACAGUUGCACACCACAAAAACUCACGUGGGCUCCCCCCGGGGGCGUGCGAGGAGCGAGGGCGGGUGGAUCUGCGGAUCUGCUUCCUGCUGGGGCGGAGCAGAACAGGAGCCCAUGGCCGGCACCGGGGAGCUGGAGCGCUGCCUCAACAAGGCCACUGACCCAAGUAUCCCUGAGGAAAACUGGGAAUGCAUCCAGCGGUUCUGUGACCAGGUGAACGCCGACACAGAGGGCCCGUUGCUUGCGCUGAGGCUGCUGGCACAUAAAAUCCAGUCCCCUCAGGAGAGGGAAGCUCUCCAUGCACUCACUGUGCUGGAGACCUGUGUGAACAACUGUGGUGACAGAUUUCACGGUGAAAUAGCAAAAUUCAGGUUUCUGAAUGAGCUGAUUAAAGUGCUUUCCCCCAAGUACUAUGGAACUUGGUCUUCAGAAAAAGUCAAGUUGAGGGUCACAGAAGUGAUAUUCAGUUGGACAGUCUGGUUUCCUCAGGAAGUCAAAAUCCGGGAUGCUUAUCAGAUGCUGAAGAAACAAGGCAUUGUUAAAGAAGAUCCCAAACUACCAGAAGACAAAAUUUUACCCCCCCCUUCUCCAAGACCUCAGAAUUCUAUUUUUGACACAGAUGAAGAGAAAUCCAAGCUCCUGGCCAGGCUCCUGAAGAGCAGCCACCCUGAGGACCUGCAGGCAGCCAACCACCUCAUCCAGAGUGUGGUCAGAGAGGAACAAGAAAGGUCAGCUCAGGUGUCCCGACGAGUGAACACCAUCAGAGAGGUUUCUGAGAAUGUCAGACAGAUGGAUGAGUUACUGGAGAACUACAGGAGACAAGAACUAUCCCCAGCUGACCAGGAGACCCUGCAGGCUCUGUCCCAGCGCUGUGAGAAGCUCAGGCCGCUGCUGUUCCGCCUGGCCAGCGAGGCGCUGGCUGACGACGAGGUCCUGGCUGAGAUCCUGCAGGCCAGUGACGAGCUCACGCGGGCGCUGGGGCGGCACAGGCAGCUUGUGACCCACCAGGAGAACGAUGGAGAGGGUUCAUCCUCCAGCUCUGCCCACGUGCCAGUGUUCCCACCAGCCCCGCGGCGCAUGAAGAGCUACACCCUGAUGGACUUCUCCGAGCUGGAGGCCACAGCCCAGACUGCCACAGAGCCCUUUUCAGACACAGCCCCGGGCUCCCGCCACGGCAGCACAACCUCCACAUGCCUGCUGGAGGAGGAGUUACAGUCCUUAGGUCUCAGCAAUUCCCCUGUUGUACAGAAACCGCCACCCAAUUUUGGCUUAGCAGAGCCUGCUGUAUGCAAUGAAUAUAGUGAAGCUGUAAGUGCUUCUCAAACCCUGGGACCACAGGAGAGCUGGGAAGGCAGCUGUGCAGGGAAGAGUGAAUUCCAGGGCCUGAACGAAGAGCUCUCUCCACCAUCCAGGAGCAAAACAUUCUCUUUGGAUUUCUCACCAAUGAAAUUGCCCUUUCCAGAUCUCCCAAAUAGCUCAGUGGCAGAUCCUCCACUCCCCAGUCCAGGCUACGAGCUGAAGCCUGCUGCCUCUUUGCAUCCAGCUCCCUGUGAUGCUUCUCUAGAAAACCUUUUUGUCCCUUUAAUUUCAAUUACACCGAGCAGUCUCUCUCCACUCACUGUGUACGACAGGAAUGGUUUCAAGGCCAUGCUCCACUUUUCCAGAGACCCAGCUCCCGGCCGGCCAGACGUGCUGGUGAUGGUUCUGUCCAUGCUGAGCACCUCAGCUCACCCCAUCAAGGACAUAGCAUUCCAGGCUGCAGUCCCAAAGCAGCAGCAGCAGCAGCAGGAGGCCCCGGGCAAGGUGGACGCCCACGCCGCCACCCUGGUGAUGAAGCUGCAGCUCUUCAUCCAGGAGGUCAACAACGCCGUGGAAGAAACGAGCCAUCAGGCUCUCCAGAACAUGCCCAGAGUCCUCCGGGAGCUGGAAGUCUUGAAGCAGGAGGCAACAUUUCUGAAGGAGCAGAUGAUCCUUGUUAAAGAAGAUAUAAAGAAGUUUGAAGAAGACACAGCUCAGUCGAUGCAGGUCUUGGUAGAGAUUGACCAAGUGAAGUCUAGAAUGCAGUUGGCUGCCGAGUCGCUUCAGGAAGCAGACAAAUGGAGCACGUUAAGUGCAGACAUUGAAGAGACUCUUAAAACACAGGACGUGUCCCUGAUCUCGGCCAAGCUGACGAGCAUGCAGAGCAGCCUGGCCAUGCUGGUGGACACGCCGGAUUACUCGGAGAAGUGUGUGCACCUGGAGGCCCUGAAGAACAGGCUGGAGGCCAUGGCCAGCCCCCAGAUUGUGGCAGCUUUCAACUCCCAGUCUGUAGAUCAGGCAAAAACGUUUGUUAAAGUUUUCACGGAGAUCGACCGGAUGCCGCAGCUUCUUGCUUAUUAUUAUAAAUGUCACAAGGUGCAGCUGGUGGCCGUGUGGCAGGAGCUUUGCCAGAGUGAGCUGAGCUUGCACCGGCAGCUGACGGAGCUGUACGACACCCUGCUGGGGACCUGGCACUGCCAGCUCCAGUGGGCAGCACAGGUUUUCAAGAAUCCCCAUGACAUUGUGACCGUGCUGUUGAUCCAAACUCUGGGAGCACUGGUGCCUUCCAUCCCUGUGUGCCUCAGCAGUGCCAUGGAGAGGACAGGCCAGGACACCAAGCUGAGCCAGCUGCUGGAGCUGCACGAGGCCACCGUCCACUUCGCCAGGGGGCUGGAGGUGGCCAUGCUGCCAAACCUGAAGGAGCAGAACCUGGUGAAAGUGAUGGAGCUGGUGGAAGCUGUGUAUGGUCCAUACAAGCCCUACCAACUUGAGUAUGGAGACUUGGAAGAAGAGAAUCUCCUCAUCCAGAUCAGUGCAGUGCCCUUGGAGCAUUGGGAAGUGAUUGACUGUGUCCAGGAGCUGAACCACUCAGUCAACAAACUCUUCAUUCUGGCCUCUGGAGCCAUCGACAACUGCAUCAAGCUCACGGAUGGCCUGGGAGUGUGUGGGCUCCUGAAGGCCCUCAAGGCUCUGUUUGCAAAGUACACGUCUGACUUCACAAACACACUGCAGUCUAUACGAAAGAAAUGUAAACUGGAUGAUGUCCUGUCAGAUUCCCUGUUCCAGGAGGACUGGACUGCAUUCCAGAACUCUGUCCGGGUAAUUACCACUUGUGGUGAACUCCUUCAUCAGUGUGGAGACUUUGAGCAGCAGCUGGCCAACAGGAUUUUAUCAGCUGCUGGGAAGUAUCUCUCGGACUCCUACAGCCCUUGUAGUUUUUCUGGCUUUCAGGACACCAGUUCUGCAGAAAAGAAGAGCUCUGUGAAGAAUCCCUGGCAGGAAUACAAUUAUCUGAUGAAGGAGAAUCCAUCUGAGUAUGCCAGUCUUAUGGAAACGCUUUACACUCUGAAGGAGAAAGGUACCAGCAACCACAACCUGCUGGCAUCGUCCCGGGCCGCCCUGAGCCGCCUGAACCAGCUGGCACAUCAGCUGGCCUUCGACUCCGUGUUCCUGCGCAUCAAACAGCAGCUGCUGCUGGUGCCCAAGAUGGAGGGCUGGAGUUCUGGUGGCAUUGGUGAGACUCUGACAGAGGACCUGCCAAACUUCAGCCUGACCCCUCUGGAAUAUAUCAGCAAUAUUGGGCAAUACAUUAUGUCUCUUCCUCUGCACCUUGAGCCAUUUGUCACUCAAGAGGAUUCUGCUUUGGAGCUGGCACUACAUGCUGGAAAACUGCCAUACCCCCCAGAGCAAGGGGAUGAGCUGCCCGAGCUGGAUAACAUGGCUGAUUAUUGGCUGGGCUCCAUCGCCAGGGCCACCAUGCAGACGUACUGCGAGGUCAUCCUGCAGAUCCCACAGCUCACCCCACACUCCACCAAGCAGCUGGGCACGGACAUCGAUUACCUGAUCAACGUGAUGGAUGCCCUGGGGCUGCAGCCCUCGAGGACCCUGCAGCACAUCGUGACCCUGCUGAAGGCCAGGCCAGAGGAGUUCCGCCAGGCUGCCAAGAGCCUGCCCCGGCGCCUGGCCAGCACCAUCGCUGCCAUCAGGGGCCUGGAGGGGUAGCUGUGCCCUCCCUCCUGCCAGCCCCUGCUCCAGGCCUCACCUCUUCACACUGGUUUUCAUUUCUGAAAGGACAGUGAAAAUACCCCUGGAGACCAGGGGAGUUUAUUUGAGACAGCUUUUGAUAAAUGUCUUUGUCUAGGAAAA